UUGACGAAUCGUCGAAGGAAUCGCACUCCUUUCUAAAAAAGAUGGCGAACCGACUUAUUCUGGUCACCUUGUUGGCAUUGGCCGCGAUGGCCCUUGCUGAGAAGAAACCUCUCCGAGUUUCUCCAAUCGUGGAGAAGAUGUUGGAGUCAUAUCCGAUUCCACACGUUCCCGAGGGAUACAAAUCGACCAACCCUCACACCAUCGGAUACAAGUUCCGCACCCGCGUCGAUCAUUUCAACCCGCAGAAUCGCGAUACCUUCGAAUUUGAGUAUUAUUCCAACGAUGAGUUCUACAAACCGGGAGGCCCAAUCUUCAUCUUCGUCGGUGGAAACUGGCCGCUGGAGCAAUACUACAUCGAACACGGACACUUCCACGACAUUGCCAGCUACGAAAAUGCUUGGAUGAUUACCAACGAGCACCGAUACUACGGACACAGCUUCCCCGUUUCCGAUCUCUCGGUCGAAAAUCUCCAGUUCCUGACUGUAGAACAGGCAAUGGUUGAUUUAGCCGAAUUGAUCUAUCACGUGCGUCACAACGUCGUACGUGACGACAACGCUCGCGUCAUCCUGCUCGGAACUGGCUAUGCUGGAGCCAUUGCCACGUGGAUGCGUCAACGCUACCCGCAUCUGGUUGAAGGUGCUUGGGUUUCCAGUGGACAGGUUGAAGCUCGCUUCAACUUCAAAGAGUACGCCAAGGAGAUCGGUGAGGUGAUUCGUGACUUCGGCUCGAAUGAAUGCUACAGCCAAAUCUGGCGCGCUUUCCGCACGGCCGAAAACCUGAUGGAUGCUGGCUUGACAACCACCGUUACCGACAUGUUCAACACCUGCGAACCGGUCGAUACAGAUACCAUGCUCGACGUGGAAACCUUCUUCUACAAUAUCAAGGAAGCUAUCCAACGCGCCAUCCUGUCCGAACAGAACACAGAAUCAACGAAAUAUCUCUGCGAACAGUUGAACAACAGCACCGAAGUAACUGACUUGCAAACGAUCGCCAACUGGAUAGAAGACUUCUACUCGUACCUGGACUGCAUGCCAUUCGAUUUCGAUACUACCGUCGCAGCUCACAAGUUCGAAAACAUCGGCUAUCCAGAAAACGCCAUCUUGGGAAUUCGUCAGCGUGUUUAUCAGUUCUGUACCGAGUUCGGAUGGUUCCUGACCGCGGACUCUGCUGACCAACCCUUCGGCUAUCGUGUUACCAUGUACUUCUACCUGAACUUCUGCAAGUCCGUGUUCGGCGAUUGGGUUACUAGCGAGGUGGUUGCCGACGGUGUCCACCUGACCAAUAUGCACUUUGGUGGACAGAAUCCCCGUAUCUCCAACGUUCUGUUUACCAAUGGUGGACUGGAUCCGGUGCGGGAUGUCAGUAUCACCGAGUACUACCAGCCGGCUUCUGGUGCCAUCGUUAUUCCGGGAUACUUCAACAGCCCGGAUCUGAACUCGAUCAGCGGUUACAAUUCACCCGAACUGCUCGAGGCUAAGCAUCAGAUCCAAAAGUACAUCGAACUGUGGGUCUGGCAGAGGAUGGUUCCAUAUAAGGGACAGUAAAUUUAAACUGUUGGAUGUUAAAGAAUUUAUAAUACACGUGCUAAUGGAGCUGGUC